GGCAAUAAGAAAGGUGUAUGAUUGCUAAAAUACGCUAGAUACGAAAUUGCUAACUUAAACGUACGCCGUCUUUAGUCCUUCCUCUCUUUGUUGGGGUCUCUUUUAAACCUACGUUCCUCUUCACCGUAAUCUCUCUCGCUUCAUCUCUCUCUCUCUCUUUGUAACUCUGUAACUCCGAACGAAUCAUCCAUGGCUAACUCCUCCGCUGAUUCCGCCGCAGACCACCGCAACAAGCACCUCUCCAUCAAUCCACCGCACCAGAUCUUCAAAGAUAUCCAGGGUUCUGACAAUGCUAUCCCUCUUUCACCACAGUGGCUUCUCUCCAAACCAGGGGAGAACAAGGCUGGAAUGGGAACUGUGGAAGCUCAGGCGCUGCAUAAUCCUUAUGGAAACCACUCCGAUGCUGUGAGACCGACAGGGAAUGGGGAGGAGACACCGGAAAAUCUGAAGAAGAAAGAUGUUUUCCGGCCUUCCUUGCUUGAUGGAGAAAGCGGCCGCGGUGAUCGUUGGCGUGAUGAGGAAAGGGAUACCUUGUCAACAGUCCGGAAUGACCGCUGGAGGAAUAAUGGGGAGAAAGACUUUGGUGAUAAUAAGAAGGUUGAACGGUGGGAUAACGCGGGGCCUAGACACUUUGGGGAGCCACGCCGUGGUCCGAACGACCGGUGGACCGAUUCAGGAAACAAGGAUGCCGCGCCGGAGCAGCGGCGUGAGAGCAAGUGGAACUCUCGCUGGGGACCUGAUGAUAAGGAAGGCGAGGUCACGCGUCCCAAGUGGGAUGAAGCUGGUAAGGAAAGUGAAAUCGUUCGUGAGAAGGGUCCGUCUCUUCCUUCUGGUGACGGAGAGCAUUACCGGCCCUGGAGGCCUUCUCAAGGCCGAGGAAGAGGAGAGGCUCUUCACAGCCAAUCUACGCCGCCAAACAAGCAGGCUACAGGCUUCUCUCACAGCAGGGGCCGUGGAGAUGGCGCUGCAAUCUUUUCAGCUGGUCGUGGAAGGAUGAGUCCUGGUGGAAGCCUUUUUACUAGUGCAUCGAACCAGUCUCACCCGCCUGGAUCCGUCUCUGAGAAGGGGGAAAGUGGUUAUGGAGAGCCUCCCCAUCUGAGAUAUAGCAGAAUGAAGUUGUUGGAUGUGUACAGGGUGGCAGGUACAGCGUGUUUUGAAAAGUUUCCGGAUGGGUUCAUCGAGGUGCCUUCGCUUACGAGUGAGCAGAUGUCGGAUCCUCUAGCUAUCUGCGCUCCAAGCUCCGAGGAAGUGACUAUUCUCGAUGCGAUUGAGAAAGGAAAAAUAGUGAGCAGUGGUGCCCCUCAGGUAUCCAGGGAUGGCCCUAGCGGACGGAAUCCAGCCGAUUUUUCGCAACCUAGGCGAAUCAGGCCUGCUGGAAGCAGAGAAGACAUGACAUUCGCUGCUGAGGAAUCUAAAGAUGAAAGUGGUGAAACAAGGAUCCAUCCAGAUGAUAAGUUUAGGCCUGAAGCCUCUCACAUUGUGGCCGUUUCUGUCAUGUUUGCAGUUUCUCAUGAAGGUUAUGCUCCUUUUAGGAAAGGCAAUGAGGUGCCUGUUAGAGAAAUGAAGGAACUCGGUAUGCAGGGAAAUAAUCAUGUUCAGUCUCCAUGGCGCCAGCCUUCGGCGGGAGAAAGGCCGAGUAGGAUCUCACAUGAUUGGAAUGACCCUUCAGCUGAUAUGAGGCUGAAAUCUUCGGACAAUGUCUGGUCACAUCAUAAAGAUUCAAUAAACCACUCAGGCGGCAAUGUGAUGAGCUUGCCACAGUCCAAAGGUGAAUCAAGGUGGCAAAUGGGUGAAGAUCCUGCACUAAGAAGGCAGCCAUCUCUGGUGUUUGACAGGGAGCGGGAAGUUAGAAAGCUUAUGCCAUCUACACCCGAAGAACUUUCACUCUAUUAUAAAGAUCCUCAGGGUUUAGUUCAAGGCCCCUUUUCUGGUACUGAUAUCAUUGGAUGGUUUGAAGCUGGAUAUUUUGGCAUAGAUUUGCUAGUUCGUCCUGCGAGUGCACCAAACGAUUCUCCUUUCUCAGUACUCGGUGAUGUAAUGCCACAUUUGCGUGCUAAGUCGGGGCCUCCACCUGGUUUCACUGGUGCCAAGCCAAACGAAUUUAUUGACGCGCCUGUUACACCAGCCUUCCCUGGUGUUGGGAAGGUUCAUUCUGGGAUGGGUGAAACUGAAAUGUUGCAAAAUGAUAUGAGGUAUAAGCAUGUUGGAGGGACUGUAGCGGAGAAUCGGUUUAUUGAAUCAUUGAUGUCUGGAAGUUUGAACAAUUCAUCACAAGGUGUUCAAGGAUAUGCAGUUAAUAGUUCUGGUGGGUUGUCUUUACCAGGUACUGAUGGUGGGGCUGACAUGUAUCUCUUGGCAAAGAAAUUGGAACUUGAACGGCAGAUAGCAGUACCGAGUCCGUAUUCGUAUUGGCCUGGUCGGGAAUCUGCAAACCUGAUGCCAGGGUCGGAGAAUUUGUCGGAAAAUCCCCAACAACCUGCCCGAUCUCCGAGUUCCGAUUUGUUGUCCAUCAUCCAAGGUGUAACUGAUAGGUCUUCUUCUGCUGUUAGUGGUCCUCUUCCUGCUUGGUCGCAUUCCAAUCAAACUCAAACUCCCUUUGGGGUCCAACAGCAGAGGCUAUCGGACCAGAACUCGCCUUUGGCAGGUUUACUUGGUCAACCUAUUGAGAAUAAUCCAGCUGCCAUGUUACCCCCUGAUAUGAUGCUCGUCUCUGGACUCACUCAAGAACAGCGAUCGCUCAAUCUGUUGCAGCAGCAACAGCUCUUGUUGCAGCUGAAUGCUCAGACGCCCGUUUCUUCACAGCAGCAGCGUCUAAUACUUGAAAAGAUGCUCUUGCUUAAACACCAGCAGAAACAAGAAGAGCAGCAGCAGUUGUUACGGCAGCAACAGCAGCUGUUUUCCCAGGUUCUUGCUGAUCAGCAGCGUUCUCAGCAGCGGUUUGGAGAGCCAUCUUAUGGACAGUCGCAGCAAUCUUUUGAUGCUCUUAGAAUGCAAGCAUCGAAAGAUAUGACGCAGGUCAAUCCGCAGAUGCAGGCUCCUGUUUCCCACGAGGAGCGAGGUGCCAAUUCAACUGAUUCGCUCCCUCAUGCCGCUAAUCAGAAUGUUGCUACUUUCGGAACCAAUCCUCUGCACCUGCAACAACAGAUGUUUGGUCAUGUUGACCCUAGGAUGAGCGAGGGGACACUUCUUGCAGGCGAAAUCGAUGAUACACAUAAAAAUGAUUCAAAAUCAGACUAUGAAAGAACAAUUGCUGCUAAUUACAUGAACAGCUUGUACUCAGAAAAGCCUGCCCUUUCUCCUGGUUAUCAUACUACACUUAAUGUGGAAGAACCUGUGAGCUUCCCAAACAAUGAAAGCCCCGCUCCUGAAAGUAAGUCGCUGGAGAAGCACGGUCAAGAUGUGUAUGCUGGACAGGGAGAGACCAGUAAUGAGUCAUCUGUGGAGAUUCCUCAAACUGAAGUUAAAAGCAAUGAAGUUUCUGGAGGGCGGAAGACUUCUGAAAAGAAGUCCAAGAAGCAACGGGCUAACAAGCAGUCCGCUGACCCGGUUAAGGCAACUUCUAGAGCUUCUCUGCAGGAGGCAAAGCAACCUGAAACAGGAAGUGCUGACGAUUCUGAGAUAAAGGGUAAAAAUAAAAAGUCAGCUGACACUUUGGUAGACAAUGAUACUCACAUCAUCAAGAGCUCCCCAGCCGCACCUUCGAACACCUCACUAAGGAGUUCCGAAGUUGAUACAGUCCGGGGAGAAUCUGGUGUGAAUGAGUCUUCAGUGCAAAACACAAGAACGCAACCGGGACGAGCUUGGAAACCUGCCCCUGGCUUUAAACCGAAGUCAUUGCUAGAAAUUCAAAUGGAAGAACAGCAGAGGGUAGCGCAAGCAGAAGCUUUAGCUCCAAAGCCUUCUACUUCUGUGAGUCCAGCAGGUUUUGCUGCGCCUUGGGGUGGGAUUGCUGCCAAUUCAGAUAUUACUCAAACCGGUGUUGUGAAGCCUAAAAGCCACUUGCAUGACUUACCGGCUGAUAAUGUUGUGGCCAGAUCCAGUGAUAGAGAGAGGGAAGUAAUGGAAACCAUUUCUAACGACACGUAUAUGCAAGCCACACCCACUAAUGCGGAGUCUUUAGAUGAUGAUAACUUUAUUGAGGCCAAGGAAACAAAAAAGAGCCGCAAGAAGUCUGCGAGAGCAAAGAACUCUGCAGCGAAAACCUCUGCACAUGUUCCUACUGUAGAAACACCCCUUCCAACAAACUCCGUUGAGAAGGGAAAAAGCUCUCGUGCUGUGCAGCAGCAGGAGAAGGAAGUUUUGCCUGCUAUUCCUUCAGGCCCUUCUUUUGGUGAUUUUGUUCUCUGGAAAGGAGAGACUGUGAACAAUUCUCCACCGGCUGCUGCAUGGUCCACUGGUCCUACAAAAUCCGCUAAACCUAGCUCGCUUAGGGACAUCGUGAAGGAGCAGGAGAAGAUGACAACCUCGUCUCAUCCGCCGCCUAGUCCAGUGCCUACCAUCCAGAAACCUACUCCAACACAGGCUGUUUCUCAACCCUCCUGGUCACGUUCCGGAUCUUUCACUUCGCAGGCUGUUUCUCAGUCUUCCUCGCAGUCAAAACCCAAAGGAGAUGAUGACCUUUUCUGGGGUCCGGUUGAGCAAUCAGCCCAGGAAUCAAAAAAGGGAGAUUUCCCUCAUCUUUCAAGUCAAAACAGUUGGGGAACCAAAAACACACCUGGGAAAGUAAAUGCAGGAAGUAGCUCAGUGAACCGACAGAAACCAGUGUCAACUGGAACUGCAGAUCGUGUUUUGUCUUCACCUGUUAUCGCUCAGGCGUCCCAUAAAGGGAAAAAGGAGGCAGUGACAAAACUCACAGAGGCCAAUGGCUUCAGAGAUUGGUGCAGAAGCGAAUGUCUCAGACUUCUUGGCUCAGAAGGGUUCUCGAAAGUUGGAGGAAAGAAGAAGGCGAAGAAAGGGAAGAAGGUAAGCUUGAGCGCAUCGGUUCUUGGGUUUAAUGUGGUUAGUAACAGGAUAAUGAUGGGAGAAAUUCAGUCAAUUGAGGAUUAA